UUGAACAAUAAUGGUAUUGAGAUGAAUUUUCAAGAGUCUUGUUUAUGUUACCAAACCUUUAAAAUUGAUAGGAAAAUAAAUUCAAGAUUAAUUUUGUCCAGUAACAUUCAUUCGACUGAUAGUGGCACAUCGCUGGAAGUCGUCCAUGUUGUCGAGAAGAAAACCAAAUUGAAAAUCGAAAAGAUACAGUGUGAAGCCUCAGAAAGUCAAUGUAAUGAAACUCACAAGGCUAUAGAACAAUCCAUGAAAGAUAAAAGACCCAAGAGUCUGUUGGUCUUUAUAAACCCAAGAAGUGGGAACAGAGGGGCGGAAAAAAUUUACCAGAGAAAAGUUCUACCGAUUUUUCAAAUGUGUGGAGUUAAAACAAAUGAAUACGUGACAAGCAGACCAAAUGAAGUGAGAGACCGUCUUCUUAACACUAACCUUAACACAUAUGACGGAGUGGUAGCAGUGGGCGGAGAUGGAAUUUAUAACGAGGUUCUGUCAGCAUUGCUGGAUAGAGAAAUGAAGAAUAGUGGUCUUGAUCCGAACGACCCUGACUCUAGACUUGUUCAAUUAAAACUGCCAAUAGGAAUAAUUCCAGCAGGAUCAGGAAAUUACACCGCUUGGUACCUCAAUGGAACAAAAUGUCCGAAAACUGCUGCGAUACGAAUCGUGAUGGGUGACUGUGUUGCUACCAAUGUUGCAAGCCUUCAUCAAGGCAACAGGUGCGCGGGCUACUCCAGUCUCAUUCUCGGUUUCGGGUUGUUUGGAGACGUCAUGAGAGAUUGUGAAAAAUACAGGUGGAUGGGAACAAGCCGAUUUAAAGUGAUUCCAGUUGGAACGGUGUUGAGUAGACGACCAGUGAAUGUAAUCAUAUCGUAUGUUCCCGCCAAAUCUGGCGACAAUAACUCUAAUGCAGAAAACAGAGUCACUGCUCCGAAACAACAAUUCCAUCGUCAGAUAUCUGUACCAGUUUUCAAUACCAAAAAGGCUCGGGUGACUUUUCAGAAAAGAACAGUUUCUUCUUCUGCCAAUUUUGGAGCAGCUUCAGAAUGGAGGACCGCAGAUGAAAGGGUUGUGUAUGCAGUCGAUACAUAUCCAAUUACUAUGAAACCGAAAGGAACAAAGAUGGCGCCCCAUUUUGGAGAAGAUUCUUUGAAGUUACGAAUAACGCAGAAAUGUAAACUUAUGGAUCAUAUUCGACAACUGAAAGAAGUCGACGACGGGAAAUCAACUUGUUACGACUUCGACUUUGUCAGGACCAUCAGUGUGGAGAGAUAUCGAGUUCGCAUUUUGAAUAAAGAAAUGCAGGAUUUUUUCGUUAAUUGUGAUGGAGAAGUCAUUUGUCUUGAUGGACCAGAAAUCAUCGUUAGCCUGCAUAGAAGAGUCGUGCAACUAUAUGGAAGUCCUAACUAAGGAAUGAUAAAUAUGGAACAGAACUGUGACUAUAACUGACACUUGUUUACAUUUUUAAAAAAAAAUUAUAAAUUAUGUGCUUUAUUGUGCUCAAAUCAGUAUAAAAUUACUUUUUGUUCAAUUUAGAAUUGUAUUUUAUUUUUUAUAUAUUUUUAUAUUUUAUUUUUAGAUAUGUUUACAUUUAUUUACAUAUUUUUUUUCUUUUUAACGGGUGCUAUUUUAUAAACACUUUUACAUCACUUUAUGAUAAAAUUUUGUGAGGUCAUCGGGCAUUGAUAUAAGACCAAAUGUAAACUAUAUUUUCUACAUCUAUAUUACAAUACAAAUAUAUUUUCCACAAUAAUUAUCAUGCGUUAUUUUUAUAAAUGAUUUGCAUACCCGUAACUACUGUUUCAGAAAAAGAUAUUAAACUUGUGUGUGUGAG